GUGUCCGAGCGGCUCGCCUCCCAGCGAGCCCGAGGGCCGGAGGGAAACGGACGCCGGCGCUGACAUGGGCCUCCAGCCCCGGCGCCGCGCAGAACCCACGGAGGGGACAGCGCAGCCGCGCCGCUCCGGCGCUCGCGUCUGUGGGGACCCAGCCCUAUGAUCUCCCCCUUGGCACCUAUGCCCGCCGGACUUCACAUCUGACCCCUGACCCGCCUGCCGCCUUGGGAGGCCCGCCCUCCGCCCCCCUCCCCCACCGGCAAGAUGCCCAUCCUCAAGCAGCUGGUGUCGAGCUCGGUUCACUCCAAGCGCCGCUCCCGCGUGGACCUCACGGCCGAGAUGAUCAGCGCCCCCCUGGGCGACUUCCGGCACACCAUGCACGUGGGCCGGGCGGGGGACGCCUUCGGGGACACGUCCUUCCUCAACAGCAAGGCCGGCGAGCUGGACGGCGAGUCCCUGGAGGAGCAGGCCGCCUCCUCGUCCUCCAAACGCGGCCUCCUGUCCCGGAAGUUCCGGGGCAGCAAGCGGUCGCAGUCGGUGACCAGGGGGGACCGGGAGCAGAGGGACAUGCUGGGCUCCCUGCGGGACUCGGCUCUGUUCGUCAAGAACGCCAUGUCCCUGCCGCAGCUGAACGAGAAGGAGGCCGCCGAGAAGGGCUCCGGCAAGCUGCCCAAGAGCCUGUCGUCCAGCCCCGUGAAGAAGGCGAGCGCCGGGGAGGGCGGCCAGGAGGAGGCGGGCGAGGGGGAGCUGGCGCCCCGGCGGAACGGGGCCACCGCGCCCCACUCCCCCGACCCCCUCCUCGACGAGCAGGCCUUCGGGGACCUGACGGAGCUGCCCGUGGUGCCCAAGGCCAGCCUGGGGCUCAAGCACGCCGAGUCGGUCAUGUCGUUCCACAUUGACCUGGGCCCCUCCAUGCUGGGCGACGUCCUCAGCAUCAUGGACAAGGAGGAGUGGGACCCCGAGGAGGAGGGCGGCGGUUACCGUGACGGGGACCCCACAGGCAGCACCCUCCAGGCUCCCCCGGCCCUGGCAUCGGCGGCCCCUCCACGGGCAAGGCAGCAAGAAGGCGCGUCGGGCCGGGACCUGCCCCAGGACGAGGGCUGGGCGGCGGCCCCCAGCCCCGGCUCGGCCCGCAGCGAGGGCAGCCACACCACGCGGGACAGCAGCUCCCUGUCCAGCUGCACCUCGGGCAUCCUGGAGGAGCGCAGCCCCGCCUCGCGGGGGCCCGACAGGGCCCGGGCUGCGCUGCCCCGGCAGCAGGACAAGGAGUUCUCCUUCAUGGACGAGGAGGAGGAGGAUGAGAUCCGGGUGUGAGGGGCACCAGGCGGGAGGGGGGCUCCGUCUCCUCCCUGCCCCCUCCCCCCCUCCAGGCCACCACCCCCUUCCCUUCCCUGUCCCGUCCCAUCCUGUGCAAGGCAGCCGGGAGCCUGGCUUCCACCGCAGACCCUGGACGUCCCCCGUCCUGGACGUGGGGCGCUGGCGAGGCCGGGGCCCCAAUGGGGACACAGGGAGGUGGUGUGGGCACCCAGCUGCCUGGCGCACCCAGCCCUCCCGUGUGCUGCGGGCUGGACCGGGUGCUUGCGGCAGGAACCGGUUCUCCCUUCCCUCCAGCCCGGCUUCAGACGGUGACGCAUGUCAGCCAAGUCCCUGCCUCGUGGGGCAGCAGCGGUGGGUCAGUCCGGGAGCGGCCCCGGUGCCUCGGCCAAGGACGCUCGGCUCGCCUUUCCUCUCCUGGUGUUUCUGCUGUGACUGGUGGCCAUGUGGCAGGAGGAAAGGUGGUCCCACGCCCCGGCCCCCCGCUCCCAGCUCCUGCACCGCGAGCCUGGAGCCCCUUGGAGCAAAGCCGGACCGAAUGUGUGCACUAACGCGGCCCCUUCCAGGGGGGAGAACAGGAUGGGGAACGAAAGAAAGGAGGCCCCAGGCUUCCUGAAUUUUCUAAAAGGGGCCUUUCCAGGAUGACACUAGGAACAGGCUGGGCACUCGCUCGGCCCCUAUCGAUCUGUUUGUUCUCCUGUCCUGUUUAAAUCCUUCCAGAGCAUAUCUGGAACAGUGUUAACAGCUCUGCUACCAGAUGGAAGAUCAAAUCCUUUUAGAAAACCUUUAUACUAAGUGCUUCCAGACUUUAUUUAGAACUGUAUGGGGUGGGUGUCCGUGCGUGUGUGUCCUUCCCCUCCCCCCGCCCCCUCCCACUCCAUGGCUAUUAACAGUUGAAGGCAGCCAGUGUAGAAAUUUUCUGGAAAAGGAUUUUUAAAAAAAUUAAUAUAUCAUUUCUUGGAGGGCUAGAAGCUUUUUUGACUGAGUUACUCCCCACCCCCAUACACACACACACACACACACACUGACCACUUCCCCUUCCUUUAGGCCUUUUCUGCCAGCAGAACCCUCUCCCCCACUUCUGAGGCCCCUAAGGAUAGAGGGUUGCCAGAUUUAGCAAUAAAACAAAACAAAAC